ACAUUUGACGAUUGCGUAAUGAGAGGUGGUCGUGACUGUGACAUGAAACAGAUGUGGCUGCAGAUUCCAUAUUUUUGCGGACAUCAUCACUUUUGCACGUUUGUAUUCAUCAAUUGUCACAACAAAAAGUGCAUAGGUACUCUAGAGAACAUCUGUUACAGCAUUGUUGGUAGCAAGCUUGCUUUGGAGCAGGCGAAGAGGAACUUGAUUGAAAAGUACCUGUUGGUGGGUAUCAGUGAAAGGAUGCGGGAUUUCAUAGCAGUGCUUGAACGAUUGCUUCCACGUUUCUUUAGAGGAGCACUUGACCACUUUGAUGGGCUGAGCGAGAAUCGAGCACAUCUUCGUAAUACGAAACAGAAGUUCCCUCCUAACGACUAUACAUUGUCUGUGAUAAGAAGGAACGAAGUGUACCAGAUGGAGAAAGAGUUUUACGAUUUUGCGAAGGAGGAGUUUACUGCAAUCUUUAAGUGA